CAAACGAAGAACUCGUGAACAUUUCAAAGAGAAGAAAACUCUAUCUGAUAUCGAAUCUCUCUGAAACUUUUUCUUUCUCUUCGAUUCUUCUUUCAGGGGACAAGGAAGGUGUGCCUUGGCACAAUGGUUGAUAUUGUCACCAUGUGACUCGGAGGUCACAGGUUUGAUGAUUCUUGUAAAUAGCAUCUUGCAAAUGCAAGUAAAACGUCUAAAUGAGUCGCCCACAGAAUCCACAUCCACCCCGAUCUUUAUUCCCUUUUGGAAAUCCUUUUCGGAUGAUAUCACCUAAAGGCUCUCGCAUGUCUCCGCAACUUCAUGCAAUAUUACAAGCUUUUGAGGUAACAUUGGCAGAGAGGCUGAGAAAGCUUAUGCCCAAAAGCAAGGAUGAAAUCCUUAGCUUGCCUUGGAUGACUUUAGCUAUGAAGUCACUUUGUGAAACUCAUAAUGACAUACAAACCCUUAUUACAGAUCUUGAGCUGCCCGUGAGUGAGUGGGAUGACAAAUGGAUUGAUGUGUACUUGGACACAAGUGUGAAAUUGCUAGAUAUAUGCAAUGCAUAUAGCUCUGAGUUCUCACGUCUGAAUCAAGGAAAUCUUCCUCUUAAGUGCGCACUGCACAAUUUAGACUCUGCUUCUUCAAAGCUGUUUAUUCGGGCCUGUUCUUUCCUUGAUGAAUGGAGGCAACAUGUUAAUUCUAGGAACCCUAGAAUUGAGAAAUGUAGCACCAUUUUAAAUAAUCUUGUGGGAUCACUUGAUCUUCCCAAGGUUAAAAAUUCUGCUAAAGGUAAGGUUUUGAUGCAAGCUUUGUAUGGAGUUAUGGUGGAGACUGUAUUUGUUUGCAGUGUGUUUGCUGCGGCAUUCUCUGGUUCUUCAAAGAAGUUGUUAGAUUUGAAUGUGGCUGACAUGUAUUCAUGGGCUCCAGCUUUUAAAAGUUUGCAGAAUCUUGUAAAUGAGGAAAUUAGAGAAAGGUUUUCCAGUGGGAAAUUUACUGUAUUGAAUGAGUUGGGAGCGGUUGAUGCCUUUGUGAAGGAACUAUAUCCCACUAUCCAGGGUGGUGUAGAUACCAUUGAGACAGAAUCGUUUCCGAAGACUGUUGAGGAAUUAGGCAGGGCUGCAGAGAAGCUUUCACAAGGAUUAGAACUUCUUGCAAAGGGAGUGGAUGGUUUUUUUCAAACAGUUUUGACCAGUCGUGAUGCUUUGCUAUCCUCUGUGAGGUUAGAUAAAACUGUAAAUGAUGUUGUCCCUAGCCGUAAUUUAGGUCAGCAAGUAGUCUACUGAAUAUGCAUUAGCUUGGUAGAUAUUGGUGGGUUGUUGGGGUUUUCUAUUGUAGUAUUCGGUCUUUUAUUUGGCUUGUUAUUUCAAGGUAGCGUGAGUUAUAGGUUAUACGAUAGUAUUCUUGAGCUGAAAUGUAUAUAUGUGAGUGGGAUGUUCUGUGUAAUGUCGAACUACAAUAAUAUAUUAGAAGUUUUAUUGUGCCUUCAUAAUAGGUAGCAACCUGGUAUGUGUUAGCUUUACCUUGUAUCAGAAUUCGAAGAUGUAUCGUACGGUAAUUUACGUCUCUUCAAAAUGGGAUUUAGCUUUAGAUUUUGUGUUCACUUGAUCGAAUAUCGUAUGUAUCUUUUAUCACUUAGCAUAUUUAAUGGCACGUGUUUAUCAUCCAAUAAUACUAUACUAAAUAGAAUGGUGAUACUCUGCCGAUUCCAAGUGCAACACAUUCUAUAUCUGCAACUCUUUAUAUCAUCGAAUCAAUUAACGAGAGAUGUUUUGAUUUGGGGAAAAUCUGCUGUGUUUCAAUUUUGCUGAACAGUUGGCGUUGGAUUUUUGAAAACUAAGUGAAUUGGUGGUGAAGAGAAUACAUGCUCUGUUGAGUUUAUAUUUUCUGGAACCUUUUAGUUGACCUUUGUUAUGAGAAUUCAUCAUGAAUUAGUUCUUUAAUAAUUAGUUCGUUUCAUAAUUAAUAAUAGGCUAUGGUAUAGUAUCCUCACUAACUUUAUUUGAUGUACAUUUUACCCCUUGAAAUUUGAAAUCGUGCAAUUUGCCCCCUAAUUUUUAUUGAUGAUGGAUCUUAACCACAUUAACAAUGUUAUGAAGUUUGCAUUGUUUUGAUUUCUCCUUCCUCAAUAUCACCGAAAAAAAGAAGUUCCUCAACUACAAUAUCCUCCAUUUUUUUGCUGAUUUAACACACACAUUUUGAAUUUCACAUGUUAGCUUCUCUAAAAUGAUAUCGUAGUUCUAGAUCCUCGGGCAAAGGAGACCGCACCUUCGGCUUCUCAUGGCGCACAUGGAGGUAACAAGUCACAGUACCAUCAGGGGUCAUCAUCCCUUGCAGCAUGAUUUUCUUGGUGCACAUACCAUACCUCCAAAGCUCAUCUCAACAGAAGGUGUAGCUGUUGGCAGACUCAGUGAAGAAUCUCUUCAUUGGGAACAAGAAGAUCAGCUUCUGCUGUGUUGGGUUGUCAUCAUAGGUUACUCAAGCUGUUCUUUUUCAAGGGCAAGUAAAGACAUGGCCUAUACUUUGACAGUUAUCUGCCACUCUCCUUGCCCCCCACCCCCCCCCCCCCCCCCCCCCAACACACACAUGACACAACUAUAGUACCAUUUUCAUUAUUUAGCAAUUCUAAUUCAUGUAAUGUAAUUGUUUAUAUAAAUAGUCUGUCUAGAUGUAAGG